AUGGAACUUGAUAACACCGAGAAUGAAAUCGACGAGGGGCUUUACUCUAGACAACUUUAUGUCCUUGGUCAUGAAGCCAUGAAAAGAAUGGGGAGUUCCAAUAUUCUUAUUAUCGGUCUCAAAGGUCUUGGCGUUGAAAUUGCCAAAAACAUUGUACUUGCCGGUGUAAAGAGUGUUACUCUUUGCGAUCCCGAGCCAGUUAAGAUAUCCGACUUAUCAACGCAGUUCUUCCUUCGGGAGGAAGACAUUGGAAAACCAAGAGAUGCAGUGACUUCACCGCGACUGGCUGAACUUAAUCAGUAUGUCCCUGUGCAUGUAUUAGAAGGCGAAUUAACAAAUGACAAAAUAAAGAAUUAUCAAGUCGUUGUACUGACAGAGACCCCACUGAAAAAGCAAUUGGAAAUUAAUGAUUUCACACACGCUAACGGGAUACACUUUAUUUCAACUGAUGUGCGCGGUCUUUUCGGCAUGAUGUUUAACGAUCUUGGUGAGAACUUUGUUAUUCAUGACACAACUGGUGAGGAACCUUCGUCAGGAAUGAUUGCGGCAAUAUCAAAGGAGGCCGAUGGUGUUGUCACGUGUCUCGAUGAUACGCGACACGGAUUGGAAGAUGGCGAAUAUGUGACUUUUAGUGAGAUAAAGGGCAUGGACGAAUUGAAUGGUUGUGAGCCGAGGAAGGUCAAUGUGCUCGGUCCAUAUACUUUUAGCAUUGGUGACACUUCUAAUUUCGGAGAAUAUAUUAGUGGUGGUGUUUUUGCACAAGUCAAACAACCUAAGACUAUACACUUUAAACCUCUUCGAGAAGCUUUGAAUAAGCCUGAAUUUGUGAUUUCUGACUUCGGAAAAUGGGAUCGACCAGGACAAUUGCAUUUAGGUUUUCAGGCGCUAAAUGCAUUCUCCGAAAAUCACGGUUCAUUACCUCGUCCAUACAAUGAACUUGACGCUGAGGAGGUUCUUCGAAUUACUAAAGAGCUCAACGAUCAAAAUGAAGAAAAGGUGGAUAUUAAUGAUAAGCUUAUAAAGCAGCUUGCAUACGGUGCUCGUGGUGAUUUGUCUCCAAUUGUUGCAGUGAUUGGAGGUCUAAUUGCUCAAGAGAUACUCAAGGCAUGUAGUGGCAAAUUCCACCCUGUCAAUCAAUAUUUUUAUUUUGACUCGUUGGAAUCUCUUCCAGAUAAUGCUGUAUCUCUUACGGAAGAGGACUGUUCUCCAAUCAACUCUCGUUACGAUGGUCAAAUAGCUGUUUUCGGUAAAGAUUUUCAAGAAAAAAUUGCUAACUUCAGGGAAUUCUUGGUUGGGGCUGGUGCUAUUGGUUGUGAGAUGUUAAAGAAUUGGGCUAUGAUGGGUUUGGGAACCGGCCCUAGAGGUGUUAUCCACGUUACUGAUAUGGAUACAAUUGAGAAGAGUAAUCUAAAUCGACAAUUCUUGUUUCGUCCUGCCGAUGUGGGGAAACUAAAAUCAGAGUGUGCUGCCUCAGCCAUUUCGGUAAUGAAUCCUCAUACAAUUGGCAAAGUCAUUGCUCAUCAAGAUCGUGUUGGUGUCGAAACAGAAAAUGUGUAUAGUGAUGAUUUCUUUGAGGCUUUGGAUGGUGUUACCAAUGCACUUGAUAAUGUUGAAGCUCGUAAAUAUGUUGAUAGACGUUGUGUAUACUUUAGAAAACCUUUAUUAGAAUCAGGAACUUUAGGUACAAAGGGUAACACACAAGUUGUGAUCCCUUACCUUACAGAAUCCUAUUCAUCAUCACAAGAUCCUCCCGAGAAAUCAAUUCCAAUCUGUACUUUAAAGAAUUUUCCAAAUAUUAUUGAACAUACUAUCCAAUGGUCGCGUGACGUAUUUGAAGGAUUGUUCAAGAUGCCAGCAGACAAUGUUAACCUUUACUUAAGCCAACCUGAUUUUAUUGAGGCUACACUGAAACAAGGUGGUAACGCGAAGGAAAUAUUGGAGGGCAUUAAAAGCUAUCUGGUCACCAAUAAACCUCUAGGAUUUGAUCAAUGCGUCGAGUGGGCACGACUUAAGUUUGAGGAGCAUUUUAAUAACAAUAUUCAACAGUUGCUCUUCAAUUUCCCGAAAGAUUCGGUUACAUCAUCUGGUACCAAGUUUUGGUCUGGUCCAAAAAGGGCACCUGACCCACUCAUUUUUGAUUUUAAUGAUAACGCUCAUCUGGAAUUUAUUGUAGCAGCUGCGAAUUUGCAUGCAUUCAAUUAUGGUCUUAAGGGCAAUCAGGAUAUUGCGUAUAUAAAGAACGUUCUAAAUAAUAUCCAAGUACCGGAGUUUAAACCUAAAUCUGGUAUCAAGAUCCAAGUACAGGAGAAUGAAAACGUUCAACAAGCAACGGUGGGUGAGGAUGAAUUACAAGAAAUAAUCAAAUCUUUACCGGAGCCAUCAUCAUUGUCAGGAUAUCGGUUGAAUCCUGUGGAAUUCGAGAAAGAUGAUGAUACAAAUUUCCACAUUGAUUUCAUUAUGGCAGCUUCGAAUUUACGAGCCAUCAACUAUGGCAUCCAACCCGCAGAUCGUCACAAAACUAAAUUAAUUGCCGGCAAAAUUAUACCCGCUAUUGCUACAACCACUGCGUUAGUAACUGGCUUGGUUUGUCUGGAAUUAUAUAAAAUAAUCGCAGGCAAGAAAAAAUUGGAAGAUUAUAGGAAUGGUUUCGUGAAUCUUGCCUUGCCAUUCUUUGGGUUCUCUGAACCUAUCGCCAUGCCAAAGCACAAAUAUCAUGAUAAAGAAUGGAGUCUAUGGGAUCGGUUUGACAUCACGGGAGAUCUUACUCUUCAAGAGUUCUUAAACUAUUUUGCGACAGAACAUGAAUUAGAAGUAACAAUGUUAUCUUGUGGCGUAACCAUGUUAUACGCUUUCUUCUUACAAGGAAAGAAAAAGGAAGAACGUAAAAAUAUGAGGUUAUCCCAAUUAGUAGAGUCGAUUUCAAAAAAGCCAAUUCCACCGCAUGUCAAAGCACUCACUUUAGAAAUGUGCGUGAACGAUCGUGACGGAGAAGAUGUUGAG